GAGGCUUCGAAUUUGUGAAGAGUUCAAUUGAAUAGCGCGAGGAAUCCCGCGGAAAGUACACAGAAAAUACCGUAUUACUGUUCCAGGGGACUUAUUCUGCGAUUGACAUCCUAAAAUAACAAUCCAUAUUUUGAAGGACAAGAACAAUGUAGUAAGGAUGUCUCCUACAUUAUGACAUUGGUACCCUAGGGAAACACCAUUUCUGAAAUUGUCUGCAGAGUUAAAGACAUCAGGCUGUCUACAGUGAGUGCUAAGAAGUGGGUGUGAUUCUGGUUUACAUAUAUUACUGAGUGGAGGUGACUCCACGCUUCAUGGAAAACGGCAAAACGUUUCAACCAGUGAAGAGACCGAGACUAGACGUACCAGCCACUAUGGCUAGUAUACGUGGACCAAUUCCAAAUGGGCCUAUGCACCCGCGGCCGCUCAUUGCCUUGUUGGACGGGAGGGACUGCUCUGUAGAGAUGCCCAUAUUGAAAGACGUAGCAACAGUAGCUUUCUGUGAUGCACAGUCAACCUCAGAAAUACAUGAAAAGGUAUUAAAUGAAGCUGUUGGGGCAUUGAUGUGGCAUUCUAUAACUUUAACCAAAGAAGAUUUAGAAAAAUUUAAAAGUUUACGAGUGAUUGUAAGGAUAGGAAGUGGAUAUGAUAAUGUUGAUGUGAAAGCUGCAGGAGAAUUUGGAAUAGCAGUGUGUAAUGUGCCAGGAUAUGGCGUAGAGGAAGUCGCAGAUUCAACAAUUUGUUUGAUAUUGAACUUAUAUAGAAGAACCUACUGGCUAGCUAACAUGGUACGAGAAGGGAAAAAAGUUACUGGCCCAGAAGGAUUACGGGAGGCAGCGUCGGGAUCGGCAAGAAUUCGAGGAGAUACACUUGGGAUAGUGGGUCUCGGUCGUGUCGGUUCUGCUGUGGCUCUUAGAGCUAAAGUGUUUGGGUUUAAUGUCAUAUUUUAUGAUCCAUAUUUACCGGAUGGAGUAGAAAAAUCAUUAGGUAUCACACGGGUAUACACACUGCAAGAUCUUCUCUUUCAAAGCGACUGUGUCUCACUUCACUGCAAUCUAAACGAGCAUAACCACCAUCUCAUCAAUGACUAUACCAUUAAACAAAUGAGACCCGGUAAGUCGGAACGAGCGUUUCUUGUGAACACAGCGCGUGGUGGUCUUGUUGAUGAACAUGCCCUCGCUUCAGCAUUAAAAGAUGGCAGAGUGCGUGCUGCAGCACUAGACGUACACGAGAAUGAACCAUUUGUAAUAUCACAAAGCCCAUUGAAGGACAGUCCUAACUCUUUGAAUUGUCUUCCAGGUCCAUUGAAGGACAGUCCUAACUUGAUCUGUACACCUCAUUCCUCAUUCUACAGUGAGCAAAGUUUGACUGAAUUACGAGAAAUGGCUGCUGGAGAAAUACGACGGGCUGUUGUUGGUCGUAUUCCAGAUAGUUUGCGAAAUUGUGUUAAUAAAGAAUAUUUUACCACCACAAAAUCAGCUGCUGGCAGUAUGCGUUAUGCCUUUCCUGGAUACCCAGAAAGUAUGAAUGGUGGGGGUGGUUACCCAUUCCCUAAUCCUGCCGCUGCUGCAGCCGCAGCCGCAAGUCUGGGCGUCCACUCAACAACAAUGGAUGCACACCCACCCGUCUCACACAGCACCCCUCAUUCAACGCCUCAUUCAACACUUCCGGAGUCGGGAAACCACCUUUCAAAGCCAGAAAGUUCAGAUGUUCAUUAAUAAUACAUGCCAUUCUCUCUUCCUACACAUCUCAUUGUGAAAAUCAUUCACACACACACAAGCAUGGAGUAUUCACCCUCAUUUUUGUAACAGGAUUUUUUUUGCAAAAUAUAAACAAUGUGUGGUCAAAGUUUUUUUAAGAAUAAACUUUGUAUACCAGAUUAUGUGACUGAAUCUGAAAAGAUAUGUUGCCAUGUGAACUUAAUGCAAAGCGGUUGUCGGAGAGAAACAUUCAGUUGUCAACUAAAGACGUCGUUGACGUAAGAUCAUUAUUCAUUAUGUCUCGUACGUAAACAUUUGUGAAAGUAUUCCGUGAACAAUUGUGUAAGUGUUAAGUGUUGAAGUUAGUUAUUAGUUGACUGUUUGUACACACGUUUCUGCAUCUUUUUCAUUUACGAUGUAAAGAGACGCAAUCAGAAAUUGUUAUGCAUAAAUGAAACAGGUAACGGAUAAUGCCAUAGUCUAUAUAGAGAGGUAUGAAGAUAGAUGUGGGACAGAAAAUUACUACAAAAAUCAGACUGAUUGAUGUAUGAGAAGACAUUACCCUGCAAUUUAUUACAUCUGUAAGACACGAUCACCGAUGUGCAAAAUCUUGGACCAUGACAGCUGUGAGCAUGUAGUAAUUUUUAUUUGCUGUUGUAGCUCCAGUGUUCCUAUGGAUGUUGUCAAGCAACCAUUCUACUACAAGGAAAAACAAGUAUUUUUGGAGCGAAUUUGUUUGAAUUGAAUUUAUCAUCACAACCUUAUCAUUUCUGCAGCUCAAGUUUACCAAUUUAUACCAACGUAAGGUUCUUUAAUUGGAUGUGACAGAUGGAUCAGCCAAUCAAAAUGUCUGUUACAAUUACAGUCACUUUUUUGAAAGUUGACGUGUGUAUUUUUAGAAUGACUGAAUUUAUCAUAACAGUGAAGAUUCAUUUCAAGGGCCUACCUCGUCUUCCAGGCCUGGGAUUUUUCCAGACUAGUCCUAAUUUCAGGCUUGUGACCAUCAGAAUUUCCCGAGGUAACUCUUACUAAAAUAAGAAAAGUGAAGGAUUCAGAAUGUAGAUUCAAGCUUUUGGUUUUUGACUGUAUCCCAGGUCUGUAAAUGUCUUGCAUAUUAUAUGUCAACAGAUGAAGCUGCUGUACCAUUUUGAUUUAAUCUUAGUUAUUUCGGUAUUUUUAGUUCCCUCUGCCAAAGUUGCAAACAAAAAAUUGUGUAGUAAACCAAUUGUUCAUUAUUUCUUUAAAUUUUCUGUUCUUGCUUAUUACGGUUAGUAGUGAACUUUUAUGUCGGGGACCAGCUGAAAAUUUACAAUUUUCAUAAAUUGCAUUCUUUGUUGUUUCAGCAUUAUUUAAAUUUGCAGUUUUGUUCUUUAAGCCCCAUAAGACUAGUGUGCUAAAUUUGUUUUGUAUCAUCGCAUGUUUCUUCUUUUGCGUAUCCUACAUCAAAAUCGGUCCGUACAAACAUUUCAGGUAUGGCCGUCUUUAACGUUACUUCUCUCGCUUCUGUUUUGUGUUCCUGAUUAUAGAUAUUCAGAGAAAAAUAAGAUUAAAGAUCAUAUUAAAUGUCACACGUUUUACAUAAACAUGUUUUAAUGCCUGUGCUGGUAACAUCCAGUUGAGAAUUUAGUCUUGGCUGAAUACAAGAGGGGGAGAUGAUUUUCGAGCUAAGUUCUUCUAAAAUGUCAACAAAUAUUUAUUUUAAUGAAAAGUGCCAGUGAUAAAUUGAAAACUUUCUCUUCAUUAUCUUUUAACAGUGAUGCAUAAUUUUGUAUUUCUUCACUAAUAUUUAGGUUUUGUAAAGUACCUUUCAAUUUGUGCUAUGUUAAGAUCUCAUUCAUUGAACACAUGUUUUUUGUAAUCAUUUUAAAACUUUGGUUUAGCAUGAUUUGACUUGGGGAAUCUACAGCUCCUUGUUAGUUCCAAACAGCCGGUUUAUGUUUUAAGAGACAAACACGUCUCGUAGACACAAUUUAUUAACGGUACAAAUUCCUGAUACAUUAUGUAUGAAAGAGUAGUACCCGUGCCCAGUAUUUCAAGGUCAAAUCAUAUCAUGCUAAAGGGGGAAAACAGCUAUUUUGGUGGUUAUGUGUUGUUUUUACAUCAUUUUCUUGCAGUUUGUGUUAAUGAAGAUUAUGUACAUAACUUCGUUCAAGAAUCAAAAUGUUUGUCAAGUUUUGUUAGAAGAAAUUUGCAUCUUUUUUUGUCACCUGCAUUAGUACUGCAUUAGUUCUGUUGUUUUUUUAUCAUCAUGUCGUUCAUUUGCAAACUGUACAGACCAUCAAGUUUCCAUAGAUCUAGCAAACUGAUACUAUCAUUUUAUUUCUUUGUUAUUUUCAUGCCUUCUGUGCUACUAGUUACAAGACAACAUUGAAUGUUAAAAUAUUUUGGUUGCCGCGGUGACGAUUCAAGACUUUAGUGCAGAGUGCCAGCACUCUGAAGUUGUUGAUGUAAGUCCCAGUAUGUCAGAUGGGGCGAUACGUUAUACUGAAAACUUCAACUAAGUAUUAACGUAAAAGUGUUUUUAUUGAAAUACUUCAUUUUGUCAGUUAAAUAUGUAUUCCUCACUGUGAAUGAUAUAAUUUUGGAUUACUUUUUAGCCUUUUCUCUCAUAAGUUUGCAGAAAUUAAAAAGAAAAUUUGUUUUUCAUAAAGAUGGAAUUUUCUUACCUUGAACUGAGACAAUUUUCUUACUUUUACUUGCACUGUGUGCCCAUGAAAGUGCAAAAAUUGUCUCUAGACUGUUAGAUAUAUUCCUUAUUCACCGAAAACAAACAAAUAUCCUAGAUGUUGUUUGUUUGUUGGGUUUAGUGUUGCACUGACACAAUUUAAGGUCACAUGGCGACUUCUUAGCUUUUAUUGUGGAGGAAGACCCAAGGUGCCCCUCUCUGCAUUAUUUCAUCAUGCACCUGGGUAGACCUUCCGUAAGCCAGCUGGAUGGCUUCUUCACAUGAAGAAUUCACGUUGGUGAGGUGCAAGUGAUUCGAAGUCAUCGACCUUAACCACUCGGCCACGGAGGCCCCUUGUAUGUAGUUGGCAGCACCUGAGAUCCCUGAUGGUGAUCCCAUUAUGACAGAUUGGGAGACGUGUUAUACUGAUUGCAUCUAAGUAUUAAUGGUGUUCAGGGUUGAUUUUACUUGUAGCACCACUGAUCUUUUGAGGUAUUUUAUGCUACUAAAAGAAAUGAGAUAUAAAUUAAAAUGUUAUGAGAUAAAUUUUUACAUAUCCUUGAAGAACCUGCAUAUUUUAUCUUUAACUUAGCUGAUGGUAGACAUGUAUAAAAUGUACAUAAAUGGGUAUAUACUGGACAUCCAGUUUCUAAAACACGGUUGCAAUUUGAUUUUCAAGGGGUUUUUAGUGAGCUUUUUUUUUUCCAUUCCCACCAAAAGAAUUACAGUUACAGAUGUCUGAUCCUAUGGUACAUUCACUGAUAAAAUUUAAUUAUUACAGUAAGUUAUAGUUACAUGUAGUUUGAAAUAAUGAAAGUCUUCUAUCUAGGAAGCUUGUCCCUUUUUCUAAGCACACUGCUCAUAUCAAUAUUGUAAAUUUUGUUUAAUGGCAUUGUUAUUUUUCAAAUUGAUCUGAAAUGGUAGAUGUAGAUAUAUUAAGGUCGUAUACAUGCCACUUUACAAAAUUAUAGAAAAAAAAUCUGUGACUGUUACGCUCUACAAACACUGAAUAAAUGUCUGCAUGACCACCAGUGUGUGUGAAUGCUUGCACGUGUUAUGUCUGUUUCUUUCGACAGUAACUUUACCGUUUAUGCAUGUUAACAAUAUGCAUUGACUGGUAAAAUAGAUAACCUAUUUUAGAUACAUAACUACAAAGUCUUACUGGAGUUAUUUUGGAUGGUGUGUAUGUGUAAGAAAGAAUAAAUGUACAGUCGAACUUCGUUCGCUCAAACUUGUUGGGAUCGGCAAAAUUUUUGGAGUUGUCAGCUGUUCGAGUCAUCGAACCAUUUACAUAAUACAGGGAUUUUGUCGGACCUGACAGUGAGUUCAAGUGAAGGGCGAUAUUCAAAUUAUUCGAGUUUGAGCGAAGGAAGUUUGUAUUUGCAAUUUGCUGCACCUUGUAGAUACGUAAUACCAGCAAGUGCACAAAUUUUAAUAUUCAGUUUCUGUUUUAAGUCUGCUGUGGAGUAUAGGCAGGUGUCGUCAUAUAGAUAUCACUUAAGAAUUAUGUAUGAAUUAAAUGAUUAGAACAAGAAUGAGAUGUUGAUACUACAUGCUUAAGUUUUAAGAUUUGUGAAACAAAUGCGAAAUGUACCUUAACUGUUCCAAACUAGUGACGUAAAGGCUGUCUGAGGUGAACGACUACCUUAAUAUACAGACAUGUAAAGACUUUCUUAUCUACAUAUAUUUUGCAUUGCAUCAUUCAUUCAUUCAUUGUGUACUUGUAGUAUUUUGAACUGUGUACAUGUAUUAAUAGCGGUGCUAUCACUUAUUUUCAUGUAUAUAUGAGGCAGCAAAAUGUAUCGAAAAUGUCAGCAAAACUACACAUUAUUACUUACAUAUACUCAUACACAAGUCUACAUUUUGCCAAUCAAAUAAUACAAUGAAAUAUAUAAGUCUGACUUAUAAUCGAGUUGUCACAUAUGAUUUCAGAUGAUCAGUUAGAAGAAAAAAAAUUGAUUUUAGUAAUUUUGGCCACUGUUGCAAACAAUUUGAGAACAAAAAAAGCACCAGGUUUAUUUAAUGCAGGACUUGUGAGGUUAAAUGAGCCGCACCAUGAGAAAACCAACAUAUUGCAUUUGCGACCAGCAUGGAUCCGACCAGCCUGCGCAGUCUGGUUAGGAUCCAUGCUGUUCGCUUUCAAAGCCUGUUGCAAUUAGAGAAACCAUUAGCGAACAGCAUGGAUCCUGACCAGACUGCGCGGAUGUGCAGGCUGGUCUGGAUCAAUGCUGGUUGCAAAUGCACCAUGUUGGUUUUCUCAUGGCACAGCUCAAAUUAUCAUUCAUAACUAGUUUAGCUGAUGUUUUUGUUACACCAUGUAAGCACCGUCAAGCAGAUGUUUAAAUGUUUUAAGGUGUAAAUGUUCAUAAAAUUGUUUUUUGUCACAUUUAGUUGAAAUUUCAUUGCUUUACAACCUACGUUAACGGUGAGCUGAAGGUAGAUUUUCAUGAAAUUUGACAUUUAUGUGUAAGGACAGUCUGUUACAUCUGAGAGUUUGAUAUGUCCCUUAUGAUUAAAUUGUAUAACUAUGUGUACCAGAUGAAACACUGAACUGAAAAAGAUUGAAAGCUUGAAGCUGUUCUUUCGACAGAGGCAUUGAAUAUAGUUACAAAGAACAGAUUCAAGUAAUGAACUGUGAUGUGAAUUCCGUGGGCAGUUUUCGAGUUGAAAUAUGUUUAAACUGUUUUUGCAGCAGUUUUUCCCAGGUUUAGUUUGGUGUAUUUAAACUUAUUAAUGAAAUGAAUGUUCCAUGUAGAGUUCUGUCCCCUGGAUUUCAUCUGUGUACACUGGCAGUUUGAGAACACAUAAAAAAAAGCUUAUGUUCUGACCAGAUCUGAAUGUUUUAGGUGAUAAAAUAAUGGACUGGUCUGCAGACUGAAGUAGACUGGUUAGCUGUUUGUGUAGGUUGUAUAUGUAUUGAAACAUGCCACUGGUACGAGACCAAUGUAUAGGUUAUCAUCAUAUCAUGUGCAGAUUAUGAUGUUGGAAUUAUUCAAUAAACAUUUGUACAAAG